AUGCCGAUUGAAAACAAAAUCGAAGAAUUGCACGGGCGCGGCUUGCCCACGCGCGAAGUCCAAGAAAAAUCCCGCGCCUACGCCGCCACCCAAAUUGAGCAACAAAAAAUUGACUUCAUGCGCUUGGGCGUACUGGGCGACUGGGAUAAUCCGUACAAAACCAUGAACUUUUCCAACGAAGCCAAUGAAAUCCGCGCGCUGGGACAAAUUUUGGACAACGGUUUUGUCUAUCGCGGCUUAAAACCCGUCAACUGGUGUUUUGACUGCGAAUCAGCCCUUGCCGAAGCCGAAGUUGAGUAUCAAAACAAAGUUGACUUGGCCAUUGACGUGGGUUUCGCCUUCACCCAACACGCGCAACUCGCGCAAGCGUUUAACGCCACCAUAGCACCCGUCGGUCACAUUGUGAUUUGGACAACCACGCCGUGGACGAUUCCCGCCAAUCAAGCCUUAAAUGUUCACCCCGAAUUCAACUACGCCUUGGUGCAACUGGACAACGGCAAUCAGCUCAUUCUCGCGCAAGAUUUGGUCGAGUCUGCCCUCAAACGCUAUGAAUUAAGCGGCAAAAUCAUCGCCACCUGCACAGGCGCCGCUUUACAAAAUAUCGCCUUUAAGCACCCUUUGUACGAGCGUUUAUCGCCCGUAUAUUUGGCCGAUUACGUCACCGCCGAUUCAGGCACAGGCGUGGUCCCAUUAACCGCCUCUCGCUCACCAGCGUGGAUGACUUUUACGAUUUGCAAAACCACGCAGUCUGCGCAAAGACGACGUCUUAACCCGUACUUGGCAGCAGGCUCGCUAUAUGUCGCCGAUUUACCUGAUUUUGGCGGCUUAAAUAUUUGGGGCGCCAACCCUAAAAUCGUCGCCAAACUCACCGAACUGGUUGCGUUAUUCAAGUCGUUCAAAUCCGCCCAGCUACUGCAUUGCUGGCGCCACAAAACCCGCGUUUCCGCCGCCCCCCCAAUGGUUCGCUGCUCAGGACCAUUUAGUCUGAGCGGCGCCAGCCUGCUACCUGCGCUGGAAGGGCGAUUACCCACCUGA